AUGGCAAACACGUUCCUCAGUGCUUCAUCCGAUCACUACUGUAGAGUACACGACAAUCAGACAUAUCAGGAAAACUCACGAUUGAAGAACUGUACAAUUCCGUACGAAGUUGAUGAUGGUGAGGUUGAAUGGUCAAAAUGUGAUCGGUACAACGUCACGGACCAAGACUGUUACGAUGGCGAGGCGGAGUUCGAUCUAGUAUGUGAGAAAGACUGGAUGAAACAGCUGUCAAAAGCAAUUUAUCCGCUUGGCUCAUUAUUCGGCACAGCUGUAAUUGGUCAAUUAUCGGACAAAUUUGGUCGAAAACCAUGUUUUUUCUCUUGUUUAUUAUUACUGAUUAUCGUUGUAUUCAUCACGGCAUGUGCUCCAGUAUACGCUGUGUUUGCUGUGGGUCAGUUUUUCAUUGGAUUUCUAUCAGUUGGACUAUUUACCGUUGCAUUUGUUCUCGGUUUAGAGCUGGUUGGACCUGGGAAGCGUGACCUUGCUGGUAUGGUUAUACUAAUUUUCUAUGCAUGUGGAUACAUGAUGUUAGCUGUUUUCUCAAAGGCAGUCAACGGCAACUGGCGUCAGCUUGAACUAUUAAUAGCAAUUCUUUACGUUCCGUUCUUCUCUUACUAUUG